ACAAAUGCCUUCGAAAUCGACCGAAGAGCGUUCUGGCCUUCCUUGAUUAUGAAUCCGGCCAGCUACAUAUAUUGAACUCCGUUGUCUACAUUGAAAUCUUUCACCAUUCGCUGAACCAAACACCCACCUCCUCAGAUACGACGCUAAUCCAAUCACGAAUUUACAUCAUGUCUGUCUCUCUUUAUGACGUGACGGUGCCGACCUACAUCUUCGGCCUAGAGCAACUCAAGGAAUUUCUGAAGAAGGGCGAAAAAUGGGCCGAAGAUGAAGGUCAAGACAAGGAGAUUCUUCUCCAAGGCAGACUCGCGCCCGACAUGCUACCUUUGAUCAACCAGAUUCGCAUCAUCAGUGACAUUUCCAAGAGUCUCGUACAACGCAUCGGCCGAGGUGAAGCCACACCGCUUGAGGACAACGAGGCCACCUUCGAAGACCUGUAUGCACGCAUCGACAAGACAGUAGAGAUCCUCCAGGCCGCCAAACGUGAAAACUUCCAGGGACCGGAGGAGGCGGCAAUUCUCGGAGUCGGCCCAGCGAGUGCGAAGAAGUAUUACAAGCUCACCUCGCUCGAGUUCGUGCAGAAAUGGAGUCUUCCGAACUUUUUCUUCCACAAGACUACUGCGUACAACAUCUUGAGAAAUGCAGGCGUGCCUUUGGGGAAGUUGGACUUUCUGGGCGCUCACUCUUUCUUCGUGAAUGAGGUCGAUGCACCCGCUCAAUGAGAUGGGCUUGUCUACUCCGCUGCGCAG